GAGUCAGAAGAUAUCGAGUACUCGGACGAGCAGCUUGACUCUCUCGUUAUCGGCGACAACAAAGUAUACGAACACAAGACACUUCAUGCCCAUUACACAACCUACGACCUCCGCCGCGAGUCUGAUACAAUAAACCCCCGAUCUCGUGCUGACAUCAUGGUGCUGUCACAGGACAAGCCAGACGAAGAGGACGCUCAUCCAUACUGGUAUGCCCGUGUUCUCUACAUUUUCCACGUCAAUGUUCGUUUCCGUGGCGAGGCUCCAUCAAAAUCUCGCCGGCUCGAUGUGUUACUUGUACGUUGGUUGCAACGAGACCCUAGGUUCCCAUGUGGCUUUGAAGCCCGUCGUCUCCCUCGCAUAUCAUUCUAUCCACUCGGUACAUCAUCAUGCUGGGAUUUCAUCGACCCUGCCACUGUUGUCCGUGCUGCCCAUUUCCUCCCUGUGUCUCAAUAUGGU